AUGGUCUACUUCUCCCGAACUUUCCACUUCAACCAGACUCAAUUGAAGGCGAUCCGAAUUGCGAUGAAGGAGCUUGAACAAGACCGCAACCUGGUCACUUUCGGGCCAGAGACAUCACUUCAGCUGGAUAAAGAAGAGAGAAAAGAAUUGAAAAAUGAGAAGUUGAGAACACUGGACAUCCAGCAAGGAACUGGUAUGCCGCUUCUGAAAAUGGUGGAUGAUUGGGCUGGCGUGAAAAUCUUCAAAACGGAGACCAUGAGUGAUUGGACAGUCCAGACACUCCGCCACGACCAGAUCCACUAUGCGGCAAUGGACGCAAUAGCCCUCCACUACAUCAACAUCAAGAGUGAUGUUGAUUGGAGCUUUAACCCGGCAAAAAUGCUCAAUCCAGACUCUACAUUCCGGACACCGACAUUCUUCAACCCGAAAAAACCAAAUUCGACUCAGCUAGAGAUGUUGGGAGACAUUUGUGAUGACCUGUUGGAGAUUGAAGACGUAGUGGAUUGGAUGCAAGAGUUCGACGUCUGCAUCACACUGAAGAAGAUCCGGAAGAAGCUCGAGGCGGUGAGAACAUGGGAGAAGGAAUGGAAAUGGGACAAGUACUGGAAACUCUUCGCGGAGAGACAAGUCCAUUGCAUGGAGGAUAUCAGGACGUCCAGACAACGGGACAGAGAUCAACUGGACAAUCUCCCCUGA